UUAGAUAACCGCCUUUUCCUUUAGUUACCGCAGCGGCACUUCCGGUGUUUCUGAGGUAAAAACAAAGCAGCGUAACUCGAAUAAACAUCUCUAUAGGGUUCGCUAGUCACCUACGCCGACUUCGCCGAAUUUAUACCUUUUUUUGCGUUAACGUACCGCACUUUUUCGCCUUACCCGCCGAAUCGUUCGCCGAACUUCGAGUGUAUUUUUUUUUUAUUCGCGCAGUGAAAAAAAAUGAAGAUUUUUAUUGGUAACUUGGACGACCGCGCGAAUCAGGAGGAGCUUACCAAGCUGUUCGAGCAGCACGGCACGGUGGUGAGCUGCGCCGUCAUGAAGCAAUACGCCUUCGUGCACAUGCGGGAUGAGGAGCGCGCCACGAGGGCAGUGCGGGAACUCAACGGACACAUGCUGCACGGCAAGAAGAUGGUGGUGGAGCUGUCCAAGCCCCGGCCCAACAACACCUGGAAGAUCUUCAUAGGGAAUGUCAGCUCGGCCUGCCAUGUAGCAGAACUGCGGGGCAUGUUCGAGAUGUACGGCCGGGUGGUGGAGUGCGACAUUGUCAAAGACUUUGCAUUCGUUCACAUGGAGAGAGAAAGCGAUGCUAGGGAGGCCAUCGAACAUCUGAAUGGAAAAGAGAUUAAAGGCAAACAUAUCAAUGUUGAAUUGUCUAACAAGAUGCAGAGGUAUACUGGUGGUGGCUCUCAAGAUCGUCCACGAAGGCAUUAUGAUUAUAAAGAACCGCCACGGGAGCGAGCAGAUGUUCACCACCAUAGGAGAGCAGCAGACGCAUCCUUUGCAUCCAGUGCCAUGUCAUCUCCUUACGAGCGUAAUGCAUUAGAUGCACCUAGUUAUAGCUAUGAAAGUCGUCCUCGCCAACCUUCUCCACUUUAUUAUACACGGGACAGGAGUCCCAUGCGGCGGCGUUCACCUAGUAAGGCUGCUUAUGCUGCUUCCCAUGCAUCCACAGUUUAUGGGUCACGUGCUGCCCUGGAUUCUGCAUAUGAGGACAAGGCGGCUGCUGCAUUAGCUUCAGCCUAUGAAAGACAGGCUUCGUCCCUGAUCUCAGCCUAUGCAGCAGCUUAUGGGAAUGGGUCUUCUUCGUAUGAAGCACAGCGAUCUGGUUAUGGUACAGGUGCAGGAGACUCCUACAGCAGACAAGCAGCUGGCUCAUAUGGGAUGCAAGGGUCCUCAUCUUUGGACUAUGGCUCUCAAGUCUCGGCUCUGGAUUCGUCUUAUGGCACCCAGACCUCAACCACUCCAUACAUGACUGAGGCAUCUGUUACAUCUCCAUACAGGCUGCAGAGCUCUGCUUUUGGGGCAUCUCAACAGGUGCCAUAUUCUAGUCUUUCAACAAUGAAGACGAAAUCUCCUAUGUAUGAACGAACUCGUCUCUCCCCUCCACGAAGUUCUGCAUCAGACAGCUACAAAAAGCCCACUGAUAGCCUUACUAGCAGGCUUGCUUCCGACCGCCGUUAUUCUGAAUUAUCCGAUUAUCGCCGUUUAACAGAAUCUCAGGCCGCAUAUCGCCGUUCACCACCCAAGUUACCGAUGGACUAUCGUCGGACACCAGAAAAUGAUUUGUCACACUAUGCUCCCUACAGUGAUUACUUGCGUUCAGCACAGCUUAAAUCUAGCUAUCAGCGUCACCUUUAAUGAGAUCGUACUGCCAGUUGGGUUGUAUUUAAAGGUUCUUGUAAACCUAUUUACAGCAUGCUUUUGUUGGCUUUUGAUACCUAAUGUCGCUAAGUAUAACCUAUAAAACCCUUAGAAUUCAGGUUAGGUUUAUGACCACAGACACGUUUAUUAUGCUGCGCGCCUAUAAUUGAUCUCCAGUCUAUUCCCAGAAUACCAGAAGGAAAAACAUGUAUGAGUUUUUUUUUUUUCUAACUUUUUCAUUUUAUAUUAUGCAAGAAUGUUCUUAUAAAUUCAGUUUUUAUUAGAGUGCAAAAAAAAAACAAAGUAGGAACCUUUUGAAAUUCAUCCAGUUUUAGAAUUGUGUUGCAUAUUUUUCCUGUUAAAAUUAUCUAUAGCAUUUUGACGCAAAUGUCUUGUUUUUUUUUUAUUAUUCAUAUUAGGGGUUUUUAGCACCUAAAAUGCUAGAUCUGUACAUUUAGGAUAACACCGUAUUGAAACACCUCUACAUAUAGAACACCAAUUGAUUUAUUCAUUUUAGAAGCGGACAAGUCCCCCGCUAGACAUGUAUAAUCAGAGAUUUCCGAUGCCUCCAAAUGCGGUGGAAGGUGUCUGGCUAUUUUCAAAGCCUGAAUUCCUCUUGUGAUAGUGCAACACACUAAGAUCUGUGCAAAUCCACAUUUUAGUAUGUUUCACUUUCACAAGAAUCUGAAAAGAGCAGACGCUGUGAGCGGCCGCCACAUUCCACAUUGAGACAUCUGAAGCCUCUGAAUUCACAUGCCUGGUCCCCACUCUUCUACAAUGAGCUAGACUAAAACUAAACAGCUAUAUUUUAUAAAUCUUCUGUUCAUUUCUUUUAAAAUAAUAAUUAAAAAAUAUUCUAUUGACCCAAAUUGUAGAAGAAGUAUUAAUUUAUCAUAUAAUUUCAUGGUUGUAUAAGCACCGUGAGCUUGUAAUCAACAGAGGCGAUUUUUAUGGGGUGCACUUGUGGGUUACAUUUAGUUCAUUUAGACAAAAUUAUUUGUUUGCAAAUGGGUAAAUUAAAAAUAUAUGAAAACCGCAAUUAGGCUUUUCCUUGCCAUGAUGAAUUUCACAGAUUGUGAAGUGUUUUUUUUUUUUUGCCAUUGCUCCAGUUAAUUACAAGUUUUUUCUUUUCUGGUUUUUUUGUUGUGCAUUUUUUAGGCCUGGGUUUUCAUAUUCAAUCCUUCUGAGUUCGGUAAUUAUUUUGCAAUUGGUACAGUAAUUGAUUUGAUUCUUUGCAUUAUGGUUUCUUUUAUGGUCUGUUUCUUCCAUAUGCAAAUUAAAAAGUGUUUUCUAAAAUCACAA